AGGAGGAUUGAGCUACCUGGGGACUCUUACUUCUCAAUGGCUGGACUAUAUGGGUGUUCAGCUCCUGACAUGCAUAGCCUCCGACUCAUUGUGGUGUCAGUUCAGCUGCUUUGCUAUCUCCUGCUGUGUCCUGUGGAUGCCACUUCUCACAGAGAGCCAACGAGUGUCUCUACAAUGCUCCCUCCCUCGAAGUUGGGAUACCAGAUGCCAACCUCAGACCCCUUGUCUUGCCAGGAGCUGCUCCCAAAGUCCCUGCCUGGCUUCACUCACCUGCCCCCUGUCUCCAAAUUCCUGAUAGCCCUGGCUCUAAGGAAUGCUCUGGAGGAAGCUGGCUGCCAGGCUGAUGUCUGGGCUCUCCAGCUUCAGCUGUACCAGUUAGGAGGUGUGAAGGCUACACAAGCCCUCAUCCACCAUCUUCAAGAGCACCAGAAAGGUGGACACGCAGACUGGAAAGUGUCUGUAGAUGCCCUGUCCUCUGCUCUACAGCACUUAGCCUGGGAGCAGUCAGGUCCAAAGAGGGUCAGACGUUGGAUAUCUAACAAGGCCUGUGAAAAUGAGCAGGAACAGAGAGUGCACAACGUGGUUGACCUGCUGCCAGCAGUGGGCACCUACUACAACCUAGGCACAGCUUUGUAUUACGCCAUUAAGAACUGCUCUGACAAGGCCAAGGAACGAGGUCGAGAUGGGGCCAUAGACCUGGGUUAUGAUCUUUUGAUGGCCAUGGUGGGUGCCUCAGGAGGGCCAGCUGGUGCGGUGGUCACUGCUGUUCUUAAACCAGCGAUGAAGGCUGGGGUUCAGAGACUGAUCCGAUAUUAUUAUGAUGAGAAAGAGGUGACCACCCCUCAGUCAGAGGUGACCACCCCUCAGCCAGAGACCAGGAAGGAUAGCACCACAUAUAGCGAUGACGUGGAAGAAGCAGCCAUGUCCAAUUUGGUGUCAGAUUUUGAAAGUACAACUUCUAACUGGGAUUUGCCUUUAUUAAAUAACUAUCGUGUCUUGGCAUACAAGAGAUAGAUAGUAACAGAACAACAAGUGGAAAGAAAAUUCUGACAAGAGGAGUAUAGAUGAAUGGACAGGUGGGUGGUUUGGGUUCAUCACUGUCAUCACUUGCCAGGAAUUUCCUUCUUGAAACUCAGUUUUUACACUCUAAUGGGGCGAACUUUCACAUGAACAAGUGAUUAUAGAAAUUAAAAAGUGAUUAUUAUGAA